AUGCGGUGUGGCGGUGGCCGCCGCGUGGUGACUGCCUCCGUUGCCGCUGCUGCACCCUUUUGCCUCCGACGCACGCCAUCGACGCGCGCCGGCGCCCACCCCGCAGGCAUUCCGCACCGCCGCUGCGUCUCUACCGACGGCCGCGCCACCGCGGCAGCGCUAGAUGCCGCUCCGCACGCGCUGCUGCAACAGCUGCGGCGCCGUUUUCUUCGAGACGCCCCAGGAGCGAGCGACGCGCCUGCUGCGGUGCUCGAGGAGGAGGGGGCCGCCGCCGCCGCCGCGGGGCCCCGGCAACGGGCCCCGUCGCUGCAGCAGAUAAUUGCAGGCUGCGAGGCGAUGUGCGACGCCGAAAGGCCCGUGGCCAGCUCCGCGGCGGAGUGGUCGGAGGCGGUGCAGCUGCUCCUGUGCGCCAUGGCACGGGCGGGAAGAGGAACCGCAGAGGACGGCGUGACUCCGCGGGCGGCAUCAACGCCGUGGUGCGUGGCGCUUCGCCUGUUCCUCCACCCACCCCCAGCCCAAAGCGGGGCCGGCGCGGAGACACCGUCCGCACACCCACCAGCUUCUGCCGUGAGUUUGCUGCGGUGUUGCGUGCGGCAUGGUGCGCCGCUGCUUGUUGGCCGUGCGGUGUACCAGACGCUGCGAUCCUCUGCUCCCGUGGCGGCAGGGGCGCCAGUUACCGGUUGGCACGUGCCGUACGCACGGUUUCUGUUACUGAAGGCAGCGGAGGCAGAAGCGGGGCCGGCGGCGUCGCUGGCGCUCCAUAAGGAGGCUCUCCGAGUGUUACUGCUGGACGCCGCCGAGGACGGUGAGAUGCUGCAUCCCGCUGGACUGCUGCUGUCGCUCGAGGUGCUGCGCCGCCUGGUCGCGUGGAGCGACGCAGGAGGGGAGGAGAGCAGCGCACGACACAAUGUGCGGGCGGUGGAGGAUGCGCUCUGGAGUCGCCUGCAGCGCGGCACAGACACUGUGGCGGUUGCCCGCGAUGUGUGCUGCUGCGUGCUGCGCAACAGACACGCCGCGCAUGCAGUGAAGCGGGAGGCCUUUUGCCGCUUCAUCGCCGUGGGCAUGCGGCUUCCGCUGGCGGAGUUGCAGCCGUUUCUUUGCAGCGCCCACCACGAUGAUGGGCCGGCGAUCUCGCAUGGCACAGUGACACCGUCGUUUUUUCUGCAGACGCUUCAGGCGGUGACGGGCCUCCUGGGCGGCGAUGCCGCCGACGCCGAGGCGGUGGCGCGCGUUUUGGCUGAGCCGUCGGACGGCGUCACGCCUUCAGGCCCCUCGGCGGCGCCGUGUUUUGCUUCGGUGUGGCUGGUUGAUCACGUUCUGCAGGGAUUGGCGUCGUUGCGGCGGCAGGCGAUCACAGCGGGCGGCGCGAAGGAGAGCCGUCGUUGUGCCGUGGAGGCAUGGGUGGAGUGCACGCGGGCCGCGCUGCGAAGCCUGCAGCGUGUACUUCUGCACCUGCCGGACGCACGGCGCUGGUCGCCGCGACGUCGACACCGCGAACGCCAGCACGCGAGGCAACAGGCGUUUUGCAUGGUGUUUCGAGCCGCCCGCAACGGCGUCUUUCACUCUCUUUGCGCCGAGUGCGAGUCCCCUGCGCCGGCGCCGCCGCAGCCUUCAGAUGUUAUCUCAACCCUCACGCAGGUCUACGGAGAGCAGGACUGGCGUUGGCCUUCCGCGGACCUCUGCAUUGAGUGCCUGCAUGCGUGGCGCCGACACGACGUCCUGCGGCGCGUGUUCUGCGAGGUGCAGCGCAGGGAUGAAAGGAGGUGGCACGGCGGCGGCGGUCCCGUGGACGACCAGUCGACUCCCCCGCACCGAUGGCGCUCGUCGCUCCGCCUCUCCACGUGUUGUGUGGUGGUGCAGUCCGCCUGCCAGCACGACGACCCGGCGACGGCGGCUCUUGCCGUCCGGCACAUUCUGCUCUGCCUCCUUGCCGCGAGGUCCAGCGAGGGACGCGCGCCGGACGUGGACGAUGCGGCCGCACGUGAGGCGGAAGGCGCGCAGGCGAGCUUUCCGGCAGAGGGCGGCGGGGCGCUGGAGGGGCAGAGCGUGGCGGCGUGGACGCGGCUCCUCCGCGACGACGUCAUUCCACGCGUGGACGAGGUUUUCUGCCGCACCGGCACCGACACGGCGCAGCGGUGGCUGGGGGAGUUGGAGGUGGGGGACCCCGCCGCCCCACCCGUGGAGGCGGUGCCUGCCGGCUGUGAGUUUGAGCGAGCGGAGCAGGGAGAGCCGCGAUGA